AUGGGAAGAAGAGGAGGGAAUGGUGAGGGAGGACGGCGAGGGUGCGAGGACAGUGGAUCCGGCAUGGGGGACGGUAGGGACGGUGGAUUUGACGUGGGGGAUGGCAGAUCCGGCAUGGUGAAGGAAGCAUGGGGAUUGGGGCACAGGGUCGGAGGCUCCAACAGGCUUCUGACAGCAUGGAGGUGGAAGAAUGGGGGAGCAGGGAAUAAGGGGUCGGGGAGUUGGGGGCAUGGGGAUGGUGGAUCCGGUGUAGGGAUGGCGGCGCAUGGUGCGGGGAUGGGGGCUUAG